UCUAAUCCAUCAAUCAACACAAAUCUGAAAAUUCCACUCUCUUAUCUUCUCUUCUCUCCGUCAGAUAGAUCAUAUUCCAAACCCACCAGUCUCUCUUUCAUUCAAUUCACUAAUCCGAAGAACAUCAUUUCUCCUUUUCCAAUAUCUCCAAGCAAAAAUGGGAACCUCUCAAAGCCGUGAAGGCCAAGAAUUCUCAGAUACGGAAUCAGAAUACCAAUCAGAAGAAGAAGAAGAAGAAGAAGAAGAAGAAUUCCAUCACGACGCUGUUGAACGCCAGGAAACCCCACAAGCCACUUCCUCGUCCAAAAAAACCCUGGAUGAAAUCGAUUCCAAACUCAAAUCCCUCAAACUCAAAUACCCUUCAAAUUCCCAAACUACCCUCAACACCGUCAAGCUCUACCUCCACAUAGGCGGUGACUCGCCAAAUGCUAAAUGGAUCCUCUCUGAUAAACUCACUUCUUACAAAUUCAUCAAAACUAACGGCCCUGAUGAUUCCGAUUCUGAUCAUGAUGACAAGGAAGGCGAUGGGAAUUCUUUUUGGGUUUUGAAAGUGGGGUCUAAAGUGAAAGCUAGGAUUUCCACGGAAAUGCAACUGAAAAUGUUUGGUGAUCAAAGGCGAGUCGAUUUUGUGAAUAAUGGUGUUUGGGCUCUGAGAUUUUUUAGUGAUGAGGAGUACAGGAAGUUUUUAAGUUUGUUUCAAGAUUGUUUGUUUGAAAAUGUUCACGGGCUUAAUGCUACUGAAGAAAAUAAGUUGAAAAUUUAUUCAAAGGAGUUUAUUGGUUGGCUUAAGCCUGAAAUAGCUGAUGAUUCGAUGUGGGAAGAUGCAGUGGAGGAGAAGGAGGAAGAACCAGUGCGUGUUAAUCAGGAUUUAUUGGAGGAGUUUGAGGAGGCAGCGAAUGGGGGUGUGCAAAGUUUGAGUUUAGGUGCUUUAGAUAAUAGUUUUUUGGUUAAUGAUUUGGGUGUUCAAGUUCUUAGGAAUUAUAAUAAAGGGAUUUAUGGGAAGGGUAUUUGUGUGAAGUUUGACAGUAAUAGGAGUGAAGGGUCUAGUUUGGAGCAAUCUACGCCAAAGAAGGCAAUGUUAAUGAGGGCGGAGACGAAUAUGAUGUUAAUGAGUCCAUUGAAGGAAGGGAAGCCACAUUCAACUGGGAUUAAGCAGCUUGAUAUUGAGACAGGGAAGAUUGUGACUGAGUGGAAGUUUGAGAAAGAUGGGACAGAUAUUACCAUGAGGGAUAUAACAAAUGACACUAAAGGGUCGCAAUUGGAUCCAUCGGAAAGUACAUUUUUGGGGUUGGAUGAUAAUAGGUUGUGUCAAUGGGAUAUGAGGGAUAGGAGAGGGAUAGUGCAGAAUAUUGUUAAGGCUGGUGAUUCACCGGUUUUGAAUUGGAGUCAGGGGCAUCAGUUUUCCAGAGGGACUAAUUUUCAGUGCUUUGCCAGUACGGGUGAUGGAUCAAUAGUUGUCGGAUCACUUGAUGGGAAGAUUAGGUUGUAUUCCAAGACAUCAAUGAGGCAGGCUAAGACGGCUUUUCCAGGGCUUGGUUCACCGAUCACUCAUGUGGAUGUUACAUAUGAUGGUAAAUGGGUGUUGGGGACAACUGAUACGUAUUUGAUCCUCAUUUGCACCCUGUUUACAGAUAAGGAUGGAAAGACUAAGACUGGUUUUGGUGGUAGAAUGGGAAAUAAGAUACCAGCCCCAAGAUUAUUGAAGCUGACUCCUUUGGAUUCACACUUGGCUGGUGCGAAUAAUAAGUUUCACGGUGGCCAUUUCUCAUGGGUCACCGAGAAUGGUAAACAAGAGCGUCACCUAGUCGUGACAGUGGGCAAGUUCAGUGUGAUAUGGGAUUUCCAGCGGGUGAAGAACAGCGCUCACGACUGCUACCGAAAUCAGCAUGGUCUCAAGAGCUGUUAUUGUUAUAAGAUUGUGUUGAAGGACGAGUCUAUUGUAGAAAGCCGUUUCAUGCAUGAGAAUUAUGCUGUCAGUGACUCCCCAGAAGCUCCACUGGUGGUGGCAACCCCAAUGAAAGUCAGCUCUAUCAGCCUUUCUGGCAAACGCUCACGUGGCUGAAACGGAACCGUCCUUGUUUAUUUCUUUAUUUCUUUUCGAUUUGUACAGUUCAUUUCUGCUAUCUUCAGUUUAACUUACUUCAUUUUCCGCAUCUUCUAGUUGAUUGUGGCUUCUACUUGAAUCUAGUGUGAAUCUUUCAUCUUGUUUUUUUACCAUUAACUCGUGAAUGGUUGUUUUUUAAGGUGAAUAAAUGUAUGAAACUUGGUUUCUUGCAAA